AAGUUUUAACGCUCAGCUCUCAUGGCGGAAAACGUUUGCGACCAUCUCAACAAAUCUUCUUUCGGAACCUCUCUGUAUUUUAAAGAUUUUCGUCCGGCACUUGUUGCUAAUUGUGUCUUCAACAGCUUUUUGUGUUAUGCAAACAUCAUUUUGAACAUCGUAACCAUCCAUGCGAUAAGGAAAACUGCGUUGUUGCCAAAACCUUUGAAAACAUUAUUACUGAGCCUGGCUGCCUCUGAUGUUGGCGUCGGUUUGUUGGCACAGCCGCUCCAUAUUUCUAUUCUAGUCGGCUGGUUAAAUCAAAAACGUAUCGACUGCAUUUCCUACAAGAGAUUGAUGGCCGUUAUGAAAUUCUUUUGUUUAUCUUCGCUCUUUAAUGUUGUAACCAUAAGUGUGGACAGGUUCUUAGCUGUUCAUCUUCAUCUCAGAUAUCAAGAGCUUGUGACUCACAAGCGCGUCAUUGCAGCGGUGAUAUCAAUAUGGCUGUUAAGCGCAAUUAUUUCUUCCAGUGUCUUUUGGGAUCCAUUGCUUUUCAGCUCACAAGUCACUGGGCUCGUGAUUAAGACUGUUUGCCUUAUUGUAGUGGUAAUUUUCUACUGGAGGAUUUAUAUAGUCUUAAAGCGACACAUAAUCCAGAUUGAAGGCCUUCAAAUCCAAGAAGCGCAACAGGGAGUUCAAAAUGGCGACUUAUCUAACUUUUUGAAGCUUCGAAAGUCAGCUCUUGGAACAUUUUUUAUGGGACCCAUUCGUCGCACUCUCAUGGACAUAAUGCGAGGCAUCGUCAAUCGGUUCAGAGAAUAACAGUUCGUUUCUGAUAC